GUUCUCAUUAGUUGUGUAAAGAUCCUCUGCAGCAAAAGCGCUGAAGCACGCACACGCACAUAAACAUCCAAACAUACAUUAACAGAUAAUAAAGGCACAAACAAGCACAAAAUUGUGAUAAUCAUUUAGAAGACUGCAGCCCUCUGUCUCCAGUGCAGGCUCAGAGGUUAGGUCUCAUGCCAAACAAACACAACAGAGGACAUAAUUACACUCUUAAUACUUACGUAGUACAACUAUUAUCCUUCUACAAAGCCGCCUCCUCCUCCUCCUCCCUCGGCAUCACUCCACACCCGGGAUCACGCCUGUCCUCUUUCUCCCACCCUCACUCUCUAUCUCCUUUAUAACCCAUCACUCCCAUCUCACUGCUCUCACUUAUUCUUGCUGUUUCAGCUUGGACGCAUUUGUUUUCCUGGGACUGAACUGAGCACCUGCUGACACAAUGCUAUUGGGCUUUUAUUAGAAUCUGGAUUUCUAAGUUGUGUUUUUGUGUUUUUGGGGGGGAGGCGGGUAGAUUUUACUAAUUUGUCCUGUUAAAUUGGAGACAAGGACUAAUUUUUGUAUUUAAAACGAUGGGUUUUGCAUGAAUUUGUAAAACGUCCUUGCGAGCAUGCUUUUGCUGUCACUGACAGCACUAAAGAAGAAACUGAUGAACGACUUUGCUGAUUAAAGUUUGGACAAAUUUUGGUCAAACAAAAAGGAGGAACAACAGGAUAUCACAGGAUUAUGAACUGAUAUGUGGGGAUCAUCCCCAGACCCUGGACCAGACGCAUAAACCAACACUACACCAAACACACACAGACAGACAGACCAUUUUAACUGUGGAGACGGGCAGCGUGCUGUCCAAAGACCCAGCCUGACGCACGGAGACGGACAGACAGAUAUACAGUCUGAUGCCAACUGUCUCCACUGUCAAUCUCACGGCACCACUCCUCCUCCUGUUGCUAUGGGCAACCCACCCCACCAUGGCAACCAACUGGCUCUCCCUGGCGAGGCUGCCUCGCUCCAGGCCCGUGUCCGGUGCUGCCCCAUGCGCACGGCUGAGGGGGCUGACCCCGGGGCAGGUGGGGGUGUGCAGGGCACGGGGGGAGGUCAUGGAGUCCGUACGCAAGGCAGCAGAGAUGGUCAUAGAAGAGUGCCAGCAUCAGUUCAGGAAUCGCCGUUGGAACUGUUCCACCACCCCACGUGGGAUCAAUGUAUUUGGCAGAGUCAUGAACCAAGGCACUCGUGAGGCGGCCUUUGUGCACGCUUUGUCGUCAGCAGCUGUGGCGGUGGCUGUGACCCGAGCCUGCACCCGUGGGGAGCUGGAGAGGUGUGGCUGUGACAGGAAGGUCAGGGGGAUCAGCCCCGAGGGUUUCCAGUGGUCUGGUUGCAGUGACAACCUGUCCUAUGGUGUGGCUUUCUCCCAGACAUUUGUAGAUGAACCAGAACGAGCCAAGGGGAUGUCAGCAGGGCGACCGCUCAUGAAUCUCCAUAACAACGAGGCUGGUCGAAAGGCCAUCCUUCACAACAUGCAGGUAGAGUGUAAGUGUCAUGGUGUCUCUGGCUCCUGUGAGUUGAGGACUUGCUGGAAGGUCAUGCCGCCGUUCAGGCGAGUCGGCGUUGUGUUGAAGGAACGCUUUGAUGGAGCCACGGAGGUCCGCCUGACUCGUAUAGGAUCCAGGACAGCCCUGCUCCCCCGUGACCCCCAGGUCAAACCCCCUGCUGCCAGAGACCUUGUGUACCUUGCGCCCUCUCCAGAUUUCUGCAACCUCGACCCUGACAACGGGAUCCCCGGGACUGCCGGUAGGAGAUGUAACGGUAAGAUAAAUCGCAAGACUGUAUCAGAGAAAAACAAUCGAGAUAAACCAAACUUAUCAAUCAAAGUACUGAAAGUGACAUUGCUGUCUUCUGAAACACAAUCCCAGGAACCUCUCGGCUGGCUCCAGAUGGAUGCGAGCUGGUGUGUUGCGGGCCAGGAUACAGAGCAGGCCGGGCUGAGGUGGUACAGCGCUGCUCCUGCAAGUUUUCCUGGUGCUGCUCAGUCCGCUGCCAGCAGUGCAAGAACACAGUCACUAUUCACACCUGCAGAGUGUAAGACCAGUCCAGACAAGACCAAAACAACCGAGCAGAAAGACCCUGAACAAACCACUAGACAGACACUCCUGAACACAAGAUGGAAUAAGGACAACACAGAUGCCAAAUUAUCAUAAAUUCUAAAGUAGCUUCAAUUCAACUAGUUGGGGCAGCAAAGCUAGAGUUAAGUUUGAGUAUUCUGUUGUAAAAGCUGCAAAGUUAGUGCACAUAUAAAAACAAGAACAAUGGCAAAGCAUCAACAGCAAGUAAGGCACAAACAAAAAUCACUCUGACUUCUCUUGUUCAACACUCCACUUCAAGACACUGAGAUGGAUAAGUGGUCUGUGCCACAUAUGCACACACACACACACAACAGCUACUCUCACACUGAGCUGACAAAGCUUUUAAAGCUGAAUUAACCAGAACUAACAUGGAAAACAUUGCAGCACCAUUUUUAUUUUAUGCAAACUCUUUGUAUCAUAGACUAGCAGGUCGCUCACUGUAUUUAUGUCUUCUUCUCUAUUCUGGUUUAUUUAUUUGUAUAUCUUCACUCCAGCCUGCAGCAGUGGCACCUUAAACAGCAAGAAUAACUUCUACUUAACUUCAGUGUCUGUCUUGUGUUUUGUCCCUCACUGUCAUCUCUUAUGCGUGAUCCUGCACACGCAGUGCUUUUAGGUUUGUGCAAGAAAUCUAAUAAAUACAGUAGUCUUAUCCAACAGAUGUUUCUUGAGUUUUUUAUUGACCUAACUUGUCUAAGAUAGUCUCACUUGAAAUUCUUAAGGCGCAUUGGUUAGCUGCAAAGUUAACGUUACCCUGAGGAGUUUUGGACCACUAAAGGCAGUAGGAAAAAUGUUUUAAUGAGUAAAUGCCUGUCAUAAGGUUGGAGAAUACUGACCGCCAAGAUUCAGGAGGUGUGCCCCUACAUUCAGUGGUCACCCAUAACACCCUUCUCCACAUAGACCCAUAAGGAUGCUAAUGUGUAUCUUUGGGGAGCCAUAAUUCCAGCUUUAUUUGUAUCUUGUGGUGUAAUAACACAUGCACAAACACUCAGCUGAUGUGAUAUAUAUUCAUGCCAACUGCAAAGGGUGGUACAGCGAGUGUAAAGUGACGUGAAACACAGACUGACUGUCGCUGCACCAAAAACCUUGAGAUCCACUGGCAUAAGGCAGAGGAGAAGAAAAAGAUUUUGAGUUUCAAAAUACUAAAAGACUGGCUUUCCUUUAAGAAGGAAAUGUCUUCAGCAUAUCGAGGACACAGAGCGGGGCUCUUCUCUUGCUAAAUGAUCCCUCUCUUAUGAUUUGUUGCACUGGCAGCAUUCUCCCUCAAAUAUACAAAACAAUGGCUACUUUCCAUGUCAUGAAACCAUUUUUAUUAAAAAUAUCCUGUGAUUACAAACACCCAGAAAUUUACUAGCAAAGGUUAUCAUCUCAAUCUCUAUCAAGAUUAAGAUCUAUUGAAAAUAUUACAACUUAAUUUGUUAUAUUAUCAAUCACUCAAAAGUUGGUAGUCUAGCAAUAAAAAAAAUCUGGAUAAAAUAAAAAGUCAAGUUUCAAAAUGAAUAACUGCUAAAACUUUCCCACAACAGAGUCACAGAAUUAAUACAAUAUAAACAAAAGGAGAAUAAAAUAGAAAUUCAUAAGUCACCCAGAGAAGGGAAAUUGGUGAAAAUGCACUUGGCCUCCCAGAAAAGUCACAGGAAGUGGGAAGAAAGUAAUCAUUUCAGACAGCUACCUUUGUUUGGAGUGGCAAUAAUAUCUCUUGUGCUUUCAUUAUUCAAUCUAAAAGGAUCAGAAAAGAAAGCAAAUGGAGUACCACUUAACAUUAAGUUGCCCCUUUUAACCACACUAACCAAAGUUCACUAAAAACUUAAUGUUAAAUGUAACGCAAGCGUUUCCCCGUUUAUAUUUUUCUACACUGGGUUUAAAAGCCCCGAUAGACCGCAAGAGGUAAAAACACAGAGGAGGCCAAAGGCAACUAUAUAAAUGAGUCUUUCUUUUUUUUAGAAAAAAAUGGCACAACAGUGACAGGCAGGGGGGGCCCGCCCCACCUGAAUGUUUGUAGAAAGAACACUGCAAUUUUUAAAAGCUUUCAGAAAAGGAGAUAGGUGACACUUACUGCAUUUACUGCAUGCUGAAGAUUUGCUGCCUCAGCCUCUUUCAAAGUUUAUUUUGAAGGCACAAUCAGUGUACACGUGUAUUAGAAUAAGUCUCAAUGGCA